UUAGAUCUUCACGCUUUGCUAAAAGCAUUGCUAAUGGAGUGAACGUUCCAAGUUCCCAUUGGUUUUAAUUAAUCUCUGUGUCCUUUUCCUCUCUUCUGCCCGGUCUAAAUGGUUAUUUGAGCUCAAACAUUCUUUCAAGAUGAUACAACACAGCUGUGUUUCUACUUUGAGGAGGUGCUGGGUUUCUCUAGUACUAGUGUUGUUGAUUGUAGCAGCAACUAAUCUUGGAGGUGCUGCUGUGGUGGAUGAGGCCAAGCUUCCUCGUCGGAUUCUGAUGGACACAGAUGUUGAUACAGAUGAUUUCUUUGCUCUGCUCUACCUUUUGAAGCUCAACAGAUCUCAGUUUCAAUUGGAGGGAAUCACGAUCAAUGCAAAUAGUUGGUUAGAUGCUGGACAUGCUGUGAAUCAAAUUUAUGACAUACUUUAUAUGAUGGGGCGAGAUGAUAUUGCAGUUGGAGUUGGAGGUGAAGGUGGAAUACUACCAAAUGGUACCAUACUCCCUAAUGUUGGUGGAUAUCUUCCAAUCAUAGAACAGGGAAUUACCACUGUUGGGGGUUGCAGAUACAGAAGGGCCAUUCCUUUGGGUCUUGGAGGGCGAUUAGAUAUUGAUGCAAACUUUGGUAUCAGAAAGGCUUUCCUACCGCAGGGCAAAAGGAAAUACACUCCAUUAAAACAACCAACUUCUCAGGAAGUGCUGAUUGAAAAAAUAUCUGAAGGUCCCAUAACCCUGUUAGUGACUGGAGUACACACAAACAUUGCAAUUUUCCUAAUGAAUAACCCACACCUAAAGAAAAAUGUGGAGCACAUUUACAUCAUGGGUGGUGGUGUAAGGUCGAGCAACCCAACUGGUUGCUGCCCCAAAAAUGCUUCAUCUUCCUCCUGUGUGCCUCGACAGUGCGGUGACCGCGGCAACAUGUUUACUGAUUAUAAUACUAACCCUUAUGCAGAGUUCAACAUGUUCGGUGACCCUUUUGCAGCAUACCAGGUGAUUCACUCUGGAAUUCCCAUCACCCUUGUUCCUCUUGAUGCAACAAACACAAUCCCCAUCAAUGAAGAAUUCUUUGAUGUAUUUGAAAAGACUCAAGAAACUUAUGAGGCACAAUAUAUAUUCAAGUCAUUGAAAAUGGCUCGUGAUACAUGGUUUGACGACCAAUUCUAUUCGAGUUAUUUUAUGUGGGACUCUUUUGCAGCUGGUAUAGCUGUUUCAACUAUGAGUAAAUCCAAUAACCCUGAAGGAGAAAAUGAAUUUGCUGAAAUGGAAUAUAUAAACAUAACUGUUGUUACUUCAAACAAGCCUUAUGGGAUAUCUGAUGGCUCUAAUCCACUCUUUGAUGGCCUAAAAGUUCCUAAGUUCAAUUUAGAGAAAGGUGGGGUGCAUAGUGGUCAUAUUCAACAAGGACUUAGAGAUCCACUUUGCUUUGUCAAGAAUGGGAGAGGAAGAUGCCAGGAUGGUUAUACAUCAGAGGCACAUGGUCCUGACUCAGUGAGGGUACUUGUUGCCACAAAAGCAAAGCCUAACCGGGAUGUUAGGAGCUCCCUUGAUAGAGAAUAUUAUAAAAGCUUCUUGAAUGUUCUAAAGCAACCACAACAUACUGGGAAGUUCAACUUCACCACACAGUUUCCUUACUACAAAGAAGUAACUUACAAGCCCGAUUUUCAUAACAAAACACUUGGGAAACCUGUUGUGUUUGACAUGGACAUGAGUGCAGGAGAUUUUUUGGCUCUGUUUUACCUCCUUAAAGUUCCCGUUGAAGUAAUCAACCUCAAGGCAAUCAUUGUGAGUCCUACUGGAUGGGCAAAUGCAGCAACAAUAGACAUAAUCUAUGACUUACUGCACAUGAUGGGCCGUGACGAUAUCCCAGUUGGUCUCGGAGAUGUUUUUGCCGUGAAUCAAUCGGAUCCAAUAUUUUCAGCUGUUGGAGAUUGCAAGUAUGUUAGAGCCAUUCCCCAUGGAAGUGGGGGGUUUCUAGACUCUGACACACUUUAUGGUCUUGCUCGCGAUCUACCACGCAGCCCAAGAAGGUAUACAGCAGAAAACUCUGUGAAGUUCGGGGCUCCUCGCGAUACAGAUCACCCGGAACUCAGGCAACCACUAGCUAUGGAAGUUUGGGAGUCUGUAUUACAAACAACUGAACCAGGAUCUAAGAUUACAGUAUUAACCAAUGGACCCUUGACUAAUUUGGCAAAGGUUGUAUCAGUAGAAAACAUAAGAUCUAGAAUCAAGGAGGUUUAUGUAGUUGGGGGACACAUCAGCCAGAAUGCCAAUGAUAGAGGAAACAUCUUUUCAGUUCCUUCCAACCAAUAUGCAGAAUUCAACAUGUUCCUAGAUCCUUUGGCUGCCAAGACAGUGUUUGAAUCUGAAGUUAACAUAACAUUGAUUCCUCUUAGUGCACAGCGCAAAGUAAGUUCAUUUUCAACCGCCAUAGGUCAGUUACGUACGAAAUCAACAACUCCUGAGGCUGUAUUUUCCAAGCGUCUGCUGUCAAGCCUAUACCAUUUGAAGCAAAUCCAUAACAAGUAUCAUCAUAUGGACACAUUCUUGGGGGAAAUUCUAGGUGCAGUAACCUUGGCUGAUACUUCAAAACUUGAUCCAAGAUUUGAGCUCAAGCCUGUUAAAGUCUUAGCUGAUGGUGUUGAAUCUACUGAUGGAAAAAUUGCGGUGGAGAAACAUGGAAAAUUAGUUAGAAUUUUAAGUCGAGUGAGUGCCAUGGCUUAUUAUAAUUUGCUUGCUGAUAAGCUUGGCGAUCAUAAUCAAUCAGCUAAGGUUGGAAGCUUUGAAGAACAAACCAGAAAAUGGCGUCAUUCUCCUGAUAAAGUGUAGGCACACUUCUUCAUUAUUCUCUGCUAGGCAGCAAUAAUAUAUCUUUUGUUAUAUUAUACACUACAAUUGAUAGGGUGAUUUUCCUAAGUUUAACCCAUACUUUCACAUUUGAUUUUGGAAAUGCCAAAACGACAUGGUACCUUUUUCUUUUC